AUGGAAGCCAACACCAGACCCCGCAUCAUCUCGAUGGACUUCUCAACUGCCGGUCGAGAUGAUUGUUACUUUCGCAUCUUGACUGGGCAGACCGUCAAAUAUGUCACGAUCCAAGCCGGAGCCCUGGAUGCGGAAUCACUCAUGGAAAUGCCUCUGAACUUCGAAAACAUUCUCCCUCCGUUGCAACUUGGAGACAAUGACUGGAACACGGCCUAUGUGUUUCGAGACAAAGACAACAAACUGGACUUCAAAACAUCUAUGAAAAGCCUUCCCAGCAUCCAAACCUGGCACUACAAGAAAAUAAGCUUCUUAGAGCUUGAAAGAAAACAGCAGUUAACACUCCUGGCCCAAGAGUGCUCAUGGAAGAAAGAUUUGAGAGAAAACCGAAGCUCUACUCAGGAACCCAGCCGCUCGACUAUGGUGGCCAAGAUGGCACGAUUCCCAUGGGAGAUUGCGUAUGUCGCAGCUGAAACGCGUGUUUAUAAAAUACUAGAGUCUUCUAGCAUCGCACCGCAGUUUUUGGGGCAUAUCAACGAGGGCAGCAGAACGAUUGGAUUCCUUCUAGAGAAGUUUGAAGGGCGACACGCGGGCAAGGAAGACCUCAAGGCUUGCCAAAGCGUUUUGUCCCAGCUUCAUGAUUUGGGAAUAUUGCAUGGAGAUGUGAAUCGGUACAACUUCAUAAUUGGUAGCGAUGGAAAGGCAGUAAUUAUCGACUUCGAGAAAGCACGAGAUAAUCCAAGCGUCGAGGAGAAGGAGGCCGAGAUGAGAAGUCUUCCGCAACAGCUAGCAGAAGAAAGUGGCCGUGGUGGGGGCUUCAUAUUUGAUGCUGAUGAAUAA